AUGGCCAAGCAGGCCCCUCGCGAUGUUUGCACCAGCAUCCCACCAGCACGUCGGAGAGGGGGCGCAAUGGGGUACGACUUUGCCACCGUGUCGCACGGCGACCUUAGUCCUCCUCGUCUCCUCUUUCCAUCAAACACCCACUCCACCAUGCCCCCGCUCCAAAAGGCAUACCGCUACUUCACGAAUCCCGACCUGCUCGGAGGCGACAUCGACCUGCGUCUCGUGCCCCUCGAGCCGGCCCACUUCGCGCAGACCGACACCUCGCUGAACAAGCUCCUCUGGGCCGUCUUCCCCGUCAACGCUUGGGGCGCCGAAGAACUCGCAGACACAAGCGGGGCGCACCACCGGUUCAAGCUGAUGGAGGCGGAGCGCGGCCACAUGCAGGCGAAAGUACGUGCGCUCCGGAUCGUGUGCCAGAUCUUUGGCGCUGCGCCGUGGCAUGCGGCAGUGAAACGGCGCCAGACGGCAGAUGUCCCGCCCCUCGCAAGCACGAUGCAGCGCGUCACCGCGAAGAAGGACGUCGUCAACAAUGGCGAGUAUCGCGCCGCCGUGCAGGGGUAUGCCGCCUGCCUCCUCGACCUGAUGCCGUGGUAUGCGAGCCCGCUGCUGUUUACCGCGCGACACGCGUAUGACACGGGUAUCGUGCAUCUUGUACUCAAGGCGACCACGCUCCCUGUCAUGAACCGGCUCGACCUGGGUAUUCUCGCAUUCGAGACUGUUAACUGGAUGCGUUACGCUCCCUCCAAGGCGCUGUACAAGGCGCGCUACGUCAAGAGCCACGACGAGUAUGAGCAGUUCAGCAGCAUCCCGGCGGCUAGGGAGAUGACGGACGUCAUGCGUGAGUGUGCCGAGGAGAUGAGCAACAAGGACAAGGACGAGUGGGCACACCGCUUCUGCUUCAGGGAGCACGUGUGCUUCACGCCGCGAUACCUCCUGAAGAUCAGGACUUGGGAGCGGGAACAGGUCAGACUGCAGAACGAGGGGCCGAACCCUCUCGAUGAUCUCGAGUGA